CACCAUUAAACCUCAGAGGAAGAACAUUAGUUUCAGCAUGAGCUGUGGUAUUGUGUUGUUAUACUACUGGCUUAAUACAAACUGUUAGAAGUGUACUUUUAGUUUAGAAAGAUACAUGUUGAAUCAGGUCAAUAAAUACCUGUAAUAUUCCCAUCCUCAUAGACGUGACUAAGUCUUCAAACAAGCAGGAAUAUCUGGAGGAGUAUCAACUGAACUGAGAUCUGCUGCUGUGAAGAUGGUGUUUGUUAAAGAGGAGAGUGAGGAGGACAUGAGUGAACCAGAACCCUGGAGAAUAAAACACGAGGAACAAGGAGGUCUGGUGAAAGUGAAAGAGGAAAGAGAAGAUCUGAAUGAAGUGGAGGAGAAACAUCAGCAUCAGAAAGCUCGUGAUGUUACCGCUGAAGAAAAACCAUUGAGUUGCUCCAAAGCUGAAAACAGUUGCUCACAAGUCACAAGACCUUUCAGCUGUUCUCAGUGUGAAAAGACUUUUAAACAUAAAAGAAGCCUUUGGAGUCAUAUGAUAAUUCACACUGGAAAAAAGCCUUUCACCUGCUCCCAGUGUGGAAAGAGUUUUACACAGAAAGGAAUCCUUAAGUGUCACAUGUUAAUUCAUACUGGGAAAAAGCCUUUCACCUGCUCUCAGUGUGGAAAGAGUUUUACACAGAAAGGACACCUUAAUGAUCAUUUACUUACUCACACUUCAGAAAAGCCUUUCACCUGCCCUCAGUGUGGAAACACUUUCAGACAUAAAGGAAGCCUGAAGACUCACAUGUUAAUUCAUACUGGAAAAAAGCCUUUCAGCUGCUCUCAGUGUGGAAAGAGUUUCACACGUAAAGAAAUUCUUAAGAAUCACAUGUUAACUCAUACUGGAAUAAAGCCUUUCAUCUGCUCUCACUGUGGAAAGAGUUUUAAACAGAAAGCACACCUUAAUGAUCAUUUUCUAAUUCACACUUCAGAAAAGUCUUUCACCUGCCCUCAGUGUGGAAAUAGUUUCACACUUAAAGAAAACCUUAAGAAGCACAUGUUAAUACAUGCUGGAAUAAAGCCUUUCACCUGCUCUCAGUGUGGAAAGAGUUUUACACAGAAAGCACACCUUAAGGAUCAUUUGUUAAUACACACUUCAGAAAACCCUUUCACAUGCCCUCAGUGUGGAAAUACUUUCACACGUAAGGCAAACCUUAAGACUCACAUGUUAAUUCAUACUGGAAUAAAGCCUUUCACCUGCCCUCAAUGUGAAAAGAGUUUUACACAGAAAGGACACCUUAAGGAUCAUUUGUUAAUUCAUACUUCAGAAAAGCCUUUUACCUGCUCUCAGUGUGGAAAAUCUUUCAGACAUAAAGGAAGCCUUAAGUAUCACAUGUUAAUUCAUACUUGAAAAAGGCCUUUUACAUGGCCUCAGUGUGGAAACACUUUCUCACACAAAGGAAGAGCAUUUCACCUGCUCUCAAUGUGGAACGACAUGAGAAUUCACACUGAAGUGAUGCCUUACACACGUCAUUCAUGUGAGUUCAUGUUUCAAAUAGAACACAAGGUCAUCUGCACCAUUCUUACUCUGCAGAAAAGGAAUUUAAAGGUACAGUAAGCAAUUUUCUGAGAAACGCUGUUGAAAGAGGAUCGGACUGAGCAGCACAACACUUGUAGCCAAUCAGCAUUAGGGGCGUGUCCACUCAAAAUGGGGAAGGAGAGAGUGAGAAAGAGGGGGGAAACUGUAGAAAGAGAGAUGGCUAUGAGACAUUACAAAAAAGAAAAGCUCAGAGGAAUAUCACUGGAAAAAAGAAGGGUUGUGAUUUUAUCCGUUCAUUUACAUGUCAAUGACAUUUUGGGGCCUAAAAAUACAAACUUAUGAAAACAUGUUUCAAAGUGCAAGUUUUUGAAAAUUAUGUCCACCAAGAAUAUGGGAACGUAGUGUUAUGUGCUGUGAGGAGGUACAAUUUAUUGUGUUUUUUUACAGAACGUCUGUUUUCUAGAAUUCUCUGUUUACUAUACUGUAUAUAACUUACAAACAGACAUGCAAAUGUGAAUUUUCAGUUUACAUGUAACACAUUGCUUCACAAAUAAAUGUACUUUAUACAUACAAA